AUGGCUGAUCCAAUAGGAGAGGAUGCAUGGCUGGCUUUGGUUGACGAAGCUAGUCGCCUCGCAGGAGAUUUGGACACCCGGGUGGAAGUGGUAGAGCUUUACAAACGGGCGAUUGUGGCGGAACCAUGGUCGAAUAAGUUAUGGUUGGCAUACUGCGAAUGGGUUUGGUCGCUCUAUACAGACUGUCAGAAUGGCGAUGCAGGAUGGCCGGAAGAAGAGCAGAUGCUAGGACAGGAGUUGUUUUCCGUUGACACGGCGCUGGAUGUUUGGCAACAAGGUGCUCAGUCUACGCAAUACCGACUGAACGAUAGCCACGAGCUCUGGAACCGAUGGAUCUCGAUCGAGUUGGAACAGUUAUCUGCUGCUCAAAGCAGAGAGAAGAUUGAGCGCGUGAAGAACUUCUUCCUCAGUCGCCUGCAGACACCCCAUGCGACUUGGGACGAGACUUCGCAGAUGUUCUCGACCUUUAUCACGAAAUACGACGAAGCGACAUGGGAGGCUACUAUGGUACAAGUUACGAAGGUCGCGAAAUCAGCAAAGGAUCUAUACAGUUUACGAGAGGUGCACGAGUUGAAGCUUGGAAAAGCGAGAGAUUUGGGUGAUAAAGACGCUGUGAUAUCCGUCUCUAAGGAAUACCUGGAGUGGGAGGUCGCACAAGCAAUGAGAAGACCAAAGAAGGGACAGCCUCAAAGCCCAAUGAUUCUCUGCGUCGCAUUGUUCGAACGAACAUUAUGCUCUACCAGCCUUGGUUUGGAUCCGGAAAUUUGGGAAGACUACAUAACAUUUCUUUCUGGGUCGAAGAAAGAUCUCCCCCAAGGUUCAUUGCCCGAGAUCCUUUCCGUGAUUCCAAGAGCAACGGCACAUUGUCCGUGGUCUGGAACAUUAUGGGCUCGAUAUAUCCUUUGCGCAGAGGCUGACAACUUACCCUUCUCAACUAUGGAACAGAUCAAACACGCUGCAACUAGUACAGGCGAUUUCGAUCGAGAUGGAAUGGGUGGGGUAGUCGAGUUUUAUGUUGCCUGGGGUAGCUUUCUCAAAAGAAGAGCUACUUCUCCAAAAGCAACCGAUGAAGACGUAGAUAUUGCCGAUAUGGGCCUACCAACCGCAAUUGAGAGCGUAGAAGAAUGGGGUCAGAGACGACAUGGCCAAGAAAACUGGAAAGGAGACCCAAUGUUCAGAAUGGAAAGAUUGUUCAUUCAGUAUCUGACACAGAAGGGAACGGCGACAAGCUUGGAAGAAGCACGAGGAUACUGGCGACGACUUGUUCAUACUCGUGGUGACAGUUACGAGUUUUGGCAACAGUAUUACCUUUGGGAGAUGACAGUUCGAGGUGCGAACGAACCACCAACCCUCGCUACUUCGGUCUUGAGCCAGGCCGUCUAUAGACACGGUCUGGACUGGCCUGAAAAAAUGAUGGAAAUUUACCUGCGCCAUUGUAAUAACAAUGAGGACGUGGACGCGCUUCUGAAAGCAAUGAGUGCUGUUCGGAAGAUCUCGAAGAAUGUUGCCAAAAGGCGACAGAAAGAAGCUGCCGAGGCAGCUGCCUUGUACGCUCAAGCCCAGCCGGAGGUUCCUACAGCCACCGAAGCCCAAGAGUCGGCGCCUGGAUCAAAAAGGAAACGGGAUGAUGAGCCUGAAGAUGCUGAUGAAAAUACUUCCAAGAAGGCAAAAAAUGCUGCGGAUCAAGAUGCCUUGCGAGAGCAGUACUUGAAGCGGGAUCGCGAAAAUACGACUGUUCUCGUUACCAACCUUCCAGCAGAAGCUACUCAGACCAAAGUUCGCCAAUACUUCAAGGAAUAUGGACACAUCAAUAGCAUCACCAUGAAAAAGGAGCAAGAUGAGGUUACUGCGACAGCACUGAUCGAGUUCCGUUCCCCCCAAGAUGUACAAUCUGCUCUACUACGAGAUGGAAAAUACUUUGUGGAUAGACAGAUCAAAGUCGAGGCGGCUACUGGACUGACUCUUUAUGUCACCAAUUUCCCUCCAACUGCCGACGAUGCAUACCUCAAGAAACUUUUCAAAGACUGUGGAGAGGUAUUUAGCUUUCGUUGGCCAAGUCUCAAAUACAACACUACGCGGCGCUUUUGCUAUGUCUCCUUUCGUACUCAGCAAGCUGCGGCUGCGGCCACCAAACUUGAUGGUCAAUCACUAGGUGGCGUGUACAAGUUGCUUGCAAAGCACUCUGAUCCUGGAAAUAAAAAGGAUCGUGAAGGUGCUAUGGCUGAAGGCCGUGAACUUCAUAUCACAGGUAUUGAUUUUGCACUUACGGAGGCAGACCUGAAAGAGACUUUUGGAAAAUAUGGAAAUAUCGACAAGGUGCGAAUUUUGAAAAAUGCCAGCGGACAGAGCAAAGGUGCAGGUUUCAUUUCCUUUGAAAAAAAGGAAGAAGCUACAGCGGCCUUGGGACUUGAUAAAACAAAGUUGAAAUCAAGAGUCUUGAACGUCGAGCUGUCGAUGGGUAAGAAUUAUAAACCCACAGCGACAGCGAAGGGAUCUUCUAUGUCUCCUGCCCCUGAUGCAGAGGGUGACUCGGCCAUGGGAUCCCCAGUACCGGAUAGCAACCCAAAUACCCACACCCAGCACGCUCCAGACCGAACGGAGAUCACGAAUCGAACAAUCACAUUAAUGAAUAUCCCCGAUACCGUCAAUGAUGCUCGGGUCCGAGCUCUUGUUGAGCCAUAUGGCGAGUUGGUUAAACUUGUUCUACGACCCGACCACCAAGGUGCUAUUAUCGAGUUCGUCGAUGCCACAGCUGCCGGCCGAGCAGCAUUAGGCCUCGAGAACCAUGAGAUUGCUCCUGGCAGGAAAUUGAGGACGGGUGGAAUGAAAGAUCUCUUCUCUGAAAAGGGAGAGGUGAGGAGUGAUAAGAUCCUCGUUGGCAAAGAAGCGAAGAAAGCUGCUGCUAAAGCGCCCUAUUUUAUGCAACCCAGUGCUCCAAUCAGACGACCUGGUGCUGCAGGGAGAGGUGGGUUGGGUACCAAGCGGGGAUUGGGAUUUGUGGCUGCGAGUAGGGCGAGUAAGGAUGGCGCGAAGAAAGAGAAAGGGGAUGUUAACGGCGGCUCAGAGGAGAAGAAGACGAAGAGCAAUGCUGAUUUCAAGGCUAUUUUCGCGGCGGGGAAGUGA